UGAUUUCUUAAUCGGUCCAAAUGGCCCAAGAAAGAUCUGAUGUGGGCUGGAUCCAAAAAAAUAACAUAAUAUAGAUGUGUUAUUAAUAUUAUUUGAUUGCCUUUAAUAAAAUAUACAAUGUUAGCAAAGAAAGAGACAUGUUAAUGUAAAAAGAACAAUAAGAUCCUGAUUUAAUAGUAUAGAUUUUGGAAAAAAUUGAAAAAAGAUAUUUAAAAUAUUAUUAAUUCGUUCCAAAAUAAAAUAUCAUAUAGAUGUAUAAAAUUGAAUAUAAACACAAAUCAAAAACAAAUUCAUGUAUAAAAUUGUAUAUAAACUCAAAUAAGAAACAAAUUGAAAUAAGCAUUGGGCUUUUUGGGGCUUAAUUUUAAUAACCUGAGCCCAUAGACUGCUGGAAAUAUAUUAUUCGUACAUUACGUUUUUCAAAUUCCAACUCAUUAGAGAAGCAAAAAAAAAAAAGGUGAAAAAAAGAAAAUUUCAAAUCGGAGGAAAUAUCGGAAGGAAGAUGGCGGGAUCCCUAACUGCAUCAGUCCACCGCGGAAACGCGGAGGCGUCAGAAACUUCCCGAUGGCUAAUCAGCUUCGCUCGGUUCAUUCCGUUUCCCUCUUCUCCAUCUCCGUAUCCAGGACUCGUUCCUCUCGGGAAGAGAGAGCGGAGCUCGUCCCCCAUAGGGACGUGGCUGUCGACGUCCUUCUCGAAGGUGUAUCUCACUCUGGUGGACGAAGUAAACGGAUCCGAUGCGAUUCUCUCCGUCGAACUCGCCAGCAAAAUCCUCGAAGAACACUACAUUUCGAAGCUGAACUUCUCGUGGCCUCACAUGACGUGCGUUUCUGGGUUCCCAUCUCGUGGCAGCCGAGCGAUUCUCGUUAGCUACAUGGAUUCUGAAAACGAGAUCCAAAAGUUCGCUUUAAGAUUCUCCACAUGUGAUGCAGCUGUGACCUUUGUAGCAGCGCUUAAGGAGAAACUCAAGGGCUUUGAGGAAGCUGGGAUCCAGGAACCUGAGCGCGAUACUAGUUUCCAGUCAGAUUACAACCCUGGAAACGAGAUUAUCCCCAGUUAUGUUCCUGAAAUGCUACCAAGGCUCGAGUGUCAACAAUCCUUAUACCCACGAGAAUCCGCCAUUGUGGGGGAGCCAAACAUGGUUAAACAUCUUGGUAGCUAUGUUCCUGAAAUGCAACCAAGGCUUGAGUAUCAAUCUGGUCAAACCUUGUACCCACCACAGUGCGCCACUGUAGAACAGCCAACCAUGGUUAAGCAUCUUGGUAGCUAUGUUCCUGAAAUGCAACCAAGGCUUGAGUAUCAAACUUGUCACACCUUCUAUGCACCACAAAUCGCCACUGUGGAGGAGCCAAACAUGGUUAAACAUAUUGGUAGCUAUGUCCCUGAAAUGCAAACAAGGCUCGAGUAUCAAGCUGGACAAACCUUAUACCCACCACAAUCCACCCUUAGUCAAAUCCCUAUCGAUCCUUUCAUUAACCUCCCUCCGAGUUUCACCACCUUACUCUCUGGCUGCUUCCCCAACUCCUCUCUAGAUGCAGGCCAAACAACUGUAAAGCAGGAUCCUGAUCUCAAGUCACAGAUACUGAAGCACAUGGAAGAUUCUUCAUUUCAAGAUAUGCUGCAGAAAGUUGAGAGAAUUAUGGAAGAAAUAGGAGGUAACUGGAUUCUCUGAGUUUCAUCUCAUCUCAUAUAUACACCAUCUCAAUAUACUAUUCCAAAUCCAGUACUUUGUUUCAUGCAACAUAUAUGGUUUAAUCUUACACACAUUUUAAACAUUGUUGAUUUUCUUUCUACUUGUGAAUGAGAACACUAUGACAUUUCUGAAUAUCAAAUGCACACCCCUAAAAUUUUUCUUACUU